AUGGGGGAAGCGAAUCUGGGCUCUUUAUCCUGGGAUGAUCUCGAGAAUGACCUGCCAGAUGAGUUGAUUCCUAACGGAGAUCUUAGCCUGAUGGGUGGAAUGCCUUCCAAUGGUGGAGCGCCCGGUGGAACCACAGGGGGGAGUGUUGUUCCUGAUGCAGCGGCAAAGCACAAGCAGCUCUCAGAACUGCUUCGUGGGAGCACCACUAACAUGGCUGGCGCAGGCCUGAACUCGGCAAGUCCUCAGCCUGGUAACAUGGGGGCGCAACUCGCCUCAGCAUUAGGCAAAAGUCCUCUUGGCCAAGGCUCACCCAACAACCACACAUCUCCUCAGGCACAGAAAGCUCCAACGCCAACAGGAGUAGCAGGACAGAACAACAACAAUAACACCACAACAAUGGGCUUUAACCAAGCUAUGAUGAACAAUAACCAGACUCAUCCAGGCCUCUUGGCCCAAGGAGCUCUGCCUCAACAGGGCCAAGUGAUGAAUGGUGGACUUGGCCCUGGGGUGGGCAGAGGCAGGGGCACAGGCAUGCACUUCCAGAGCCCCACGAUGCAGACAGCACCCCCUGGAGGAGCUGGAAGUGCCCUGGCAGAGACACUCACUCAGGGGCAGCAGAUGGCAGCCCAUACUGCUCUGGGAGCACAACAGCAGACAGCCAACUUAAAUAAGAUGGGUCUGAGUAGUAAUGGGGCCCCGUUCGGAGCCCAGUCUUAUGGACAGACUGCUUCAGGUCCAGGGCAGCUCCAGAACAAGGCCCUCACCAACAGUUUACCAUCCUUUCCCAAUGAACUCAAAGGAGCUGCAGUCACUAGUGUGCCAAACAUGCAGCAGCCUCAGCAGGCGGCCAUGUUGCCUCUGACGGGGGGCGGGGGAGUGGCAGUGCCUUCGGCUGGACCCACCGCUGACCCCGAGAAACGCAAGCUCAUCCAGCAGCAGCUGGUCCUGCUGCUCCAUGCACACAAAUGCCAGCGCAGAGAGCAGGCCAAUGGGGAGGUGAGGGCCUGUGCCCUGCCCCACUGUCGCACCAUGAAGAACGUCCUUAACCACAUGACCCACUGUCAGGCUGGCAAGUCCUGCCAAGUUGCCCAUUGUGCAUCAUCCAGACAGAUCAUUUCUCACUGGAAAAACUGUACACGGCAUGACUGUCCUGUGUGUCUCCCGCUGAAAAACGCCAGUGACAAAAGAACUCAGCAGCCCAUGCUGAGCUCCCCCAACACAGGCCUCCAAAACCCCAUGUCAUCAGUAGGAGUAGGUCAGCCCAGCGCUCCCACCAUCAAUACCUCAGCACCCAUCGACCCCAGCUCCAUGCAGAGAGCCUACGCUGCACUUGGACUCACCUACAACAGUCAGACGACAGGGCAGGCACAGAUCCAGCAAGCCCACGGUCCGGGACAGACGGCAGCCCCCAAUGCACAGGCUCAGCAACAGCAGCUUCAGCAGAUGAGACCCAUGGCACACGGUAACCAGAUUUCUCUUGGAGCUGCAGCAAUGGGUGUGACCACUUCUGAACAGACUAACCUGCACACAGAAAAUCUCCCUAAUGCGCUCAACACUAACAAUCAGCUGCUUCAGGAUGGGUCUAGUGUAGGUUCUAUGGGAAACUUGCCCACAGCAGCCCCCUCCACCACAGGCAUCAGGAAGGCCUGGCAUGAGCAUGUGACUCAGGACCUGCGUAAUCACCUCGUCCACAAACUAGUACAAGCCAUAUUUCCGACACCAGACCCGGCAGCUCUGAAGGACAGGCGAAUGGAAAACCUGGUGGCCUACGCAAGGAAAGUGGAGGGUGAUAUGUAUGAGACAGCAAAUAGCAGGGAUGAAUAUUAUCACUUUCUGGCCGAGAAAAUUUAUAAAAUCCAAAAAGAAUUGGAAGAAAAGAGACGCUCUAGGCAACUGAAGCAAAUCAUCAACCAGUCUCCUAUGGCUGCAGGAGCGGCGCAGCAGCCUGGCCUUCCCCAGCCAAAUGCCCUGGGUGUCAGACCUCAGAAUGGCCCUGUUGCAAUGCCCAAUUUGCCAAAUCCGAUGGGAAUGAAUCGCAUGCAGGUGUCACAGGGAAUGAACCAGUUUAACCAUAUGGCACUACCAAACGCUCAAAUACCCCAAGCAGCAAUGGGAGCCCGGGCAGCCUCACCAAUGAAUCACCCACAACAAAUGAACAUGACCGUUCCACCGAGAGGCAUGUCUCCCUCCCGAGUGCCCCCAGCUCAGAGCAUGAUGGGCACUCAUGGGGCUGCAAACAUGGUAGGGCAGAAUACAAACCAGGGCCAGUUUCUGCCUCAGAAUCAGUUCCCCCCAGCUGCUGCUGUUGCUGCUCCAGGAUCCAUGAAUGUGACUGUGGGACCUGGCAUGGGCCAGGCACAGGCUGCUGUCACCCAGCUGUCCCAGCCAGGAGCCAGUCUGGACAACAGGGUGCCCACCCCGGCCUCAGCUGCAAGUGCUGACCUGCACCCGCCCCAUGUCGCUGCAGACCUGCCUCUUCAGGAGGUGAAGACUGAGGCACACAAUGAACAACAGGAGUUUGAGGCUGCUGGAGGCAAAAUAGAGCCCAAGAUGGAGACACUAGAUGAGGCUAGUUCAAUGUUAGUGAAGAAGGAGGAGACUGACGAGAAGCUGGAAGCGAUGGAGGUGGAAGAGAAAAAGCCGGAAAUGAAGACAGAACCCAAAGAUGAAGAAGAGAGUGGAGCAAACAGUGCCACUUCAUCCUCGCCCUCUCAAUCACGGAAAAAAAUUUUUAAACCAGAGGAGUUGAGGCAGGCUCUGAUGCCGACAUUGGAGUCUUUGUAUAGACAGGACCCAGAGUCUUUACCCUUCAGACAGCCAGUGGAUCCACUCCUUUUGGGCAUCCCAGAUUACUUUGACAUAGUGAAGAACCCUAUAGACCUCUCUACAAUAAAGCGUAAGCUCGAUACGGGUCAAUACCAAGAGCCCUGGCAGUAUGUGGAUGAUGUUUGGUUGAUGUUUAAUAAUGCCUGGCUCUACAACCGCAAGACGUCUCGUGUCUACAAGUACUGCUCAAAGCUCGCCGAGGUGUUUGAGGCAGAGAUUGACCCUGUGAUGCAGGCCCUGGGCUACUGCUGUGGCAGGAAGUAUGAGUUCUCCCCUCAAACGCUGUGUUGCUACGGGAAACAGCUUUGCACAAUACCGACUGGAGGCACAUACUACAGUUACCAGAACAGGUACCAUUUCUGUGAAAAGUGCUUUAAUGAAAUCCAGGGAGAGAGUGUCACAUUGGGUGAUGAUCCUGCUCAGCCUCAGACAAUGAUUUCAAAAGACCAGUUUGAAAGAAAAAAGAAUGAUGUUCUAGACCCUGAACCGUUUGUUGAAUGUAAAGACUGUGGGCGGAAGAUGCAUCAGAUAUGCGUUUUACACUAUGAAGUCAUCUGGCCUUCUGGAUUUAUCUGUGACAACUGUUCAAAGAAAAGUGGAAAAACACGCAAAGAGAACAAGUUUACUGCCAAACGACUUCAGUCCACUCGACUGGGAACUUUCAUAGAGGAUCGUGUGAAUAAAUACUUGAAAAGACAGAACCACCCAGAGGCCGGAGAGGUGUUUGUGCGAGUGGUGGCGAGCUCUGACAAAACGGUAGAAGUCAAACCAGGCAUGAAAUCAAGGUUCGUUGAUACAGGAGAAAUGCCUGAAACCUUUCCCUACAGAACCAAAGCACUUUUCGCCUUUGAGGAGAUUGAUGGUGUUGAUGUGUGCUUUUUUGGCAUGCAUGUACAGGAGUAUGGCUCUGAAUGUGCAUUUCCAAACACUAGACGUGUGUACAUAUCAUACCUUGACAGUAUUCAUUUCUUCAGACCUCGUGUUUUACGAACAGCUGUCUACCAUGAGAUCCUUAUUGGCUAUUUAGAAUAUGUCAAGAAACUAGGUUAUGCUCAGGGGCACAUCUGGGCCUGUCCACCCAGUGAAGGAGAUGACUACAUCUUCCAUUGUCACCCUCCUGACCAGAAGAUCCCCAAGCCCAAAAGACUUCAGGAGUGGUAUCGAAAAAUGUUAGACAAGGCAUUUGCAGAGAGGAUUAUACAUGACUACAAGGACAUCUUCAAACAGGCAACCGAGGACCGUUUAACAAGCGCCAAUGAGCUGCCUUACUUUGAGGGUGACUUUUGGCCUAACGUGUUGGAGGAAAGUAUUAAGGAGCUGGAGCAGGAAGAGGAGGAGAGGAAAAAAGAGGAGAACACCGCAGCCUCUGAAACUCCUGAGGGGACUCCAGGGGACAGCAAAAACGCAAAGAAAAAGAACAAUAAAAAGACCAACAAAAACAAGAGCAGCGUAAGCCGAGCAAACAAGAAGAAACCGGGGAUGCCAAACGUAGCUAACGAUUUGUCCCAGAAACUGUAUGCAACCAUGGAGAAGCACAAAGAGGUUUUCUUUGUGAUCCACCUCCACUCUGCUCCAAUGAUCAACACUCUGCCCCCUCUCGUGGAUCCGGACCCUCUGCUUUCCUGUGACCUGAUGGAUGGGCGAGAUGCGUUCCUCACUUUAGCUAGAGACAAACACUGGGAGUUCAGCUCUCUCAGAAGGUGCAAGUGGAGCACGAUGUGCAUGCUCGUCGAGCUGCAUAACCAGGGCCAGGACCGCUUUGUCUACACAUGUAAUGAAUGCAAACAUCAUGUGGAGACUCGCUGGCACUGCACCGUUUGUGAAGACUUUGAUUUGUGCAUCAACUGUUACAACUCAAAGGGCCACGAGCAUCAAAUGGUCAAGUGGGGUCUUGGUCUGGACGACGACAACAACAGUCAGAGCGGGGAGCCCUCCAAGAGCCCCCAGGAGAGCCGGCGCCUGAGCAUUCAACGCUGCAUCCAGUCCUUGGUCCACGCCUGUCAGUGUCGCAAUGCCAACUGCUCACUUCCUUCCUGCCAGAAGAUGAAGCGUGUGGUCCAGCACACCAAAGGGUGCAAACGCAAAACCAAUGGUGGCUGCCCUGUUUGCAAACAGCUCAUUGCUCUGUGCUGUUACCAUGCAAAGCACUGUCAGGAAAACAAGUGUCCUGUCCCUUUCUGUUUGAAUAUCAAACACAAGCUUCGCCAGCAGCAGCUGCAGCAUAGGCUUCAACAGGCCCAGAUGAUGAGGAGAAGAAUGGCCACCAUGCAGGGUAGGACCAUGCCACUACCCUCUCCACCUGCAUCAGCUGCUCCCAAUACACCCACUGGUCAUGCACAGCCCACUACUCCUCAGACUCCACAGCAGCCCCCGUCCAAUCAGCCACAGACUCCAAACUCUGUGGGUGUGAUGUCUCCCUCGUAUCCUAAUGCUCCGCGCAAUGGACAGCCUCAGUCUCAGGUGUCUCAAGGGAAACCUGGCCCUCAGGCCUCUCCUCUGCAGCAGCAGCAGUCUCCUCUGCCCCAGCCCCCUCAGCCACAGCAGCAGAUGGCCCAGCAGCCGCCACUGGCUGCCGUCAAAAUGGCACGACACAUAGAGAUCAUCGCACAGGCCCAGCAGAACCAACAGAACUACAGGGUCAACAUCAACGGGCUGCCCAUGAACCCGCCUCCCCAACAACGCAUGACUGGCCCAAUGCAGCCCCCCAUGCAGAUGGUCCCUGGGCCUCGAGGACCCCCACAGGUCAUGCAGUCCAACAUGGCUCCAGGGCAGUGGCCUGGGGCAACAGGCCCUCUGCAGACCUCUCAGCCCCAGCAGCCAGGUCUAGUCCCAGGACAAAGUCCACAGCAAACCAUGGCCAUGCCACGGCCUAUGAUGCCCCCUGGACAGCAACCUCAACCAGGGCAGAGGAUGAUAAUCUCUCAACAGCCUGGAGCCCGGCCACAGGCACCUCAGAGGCCUGGGGCAAUAGCACCCAAUGCUCUGCAGGAUCUGCUCCGGACUCUGAAGUCUCCCAGCUCCCCACAGCAACAGCAGCAGGUUCUUAACAUCCUAAAGUCAAACCCUCAGCUUAUGGCUGCCUUCAUUAAGCAGCGGACAGCAAAGUACCAUGCCAACCAACCCCAGCAGCAGACAGGCCAGCCUCAGCAGCAGCAGCAGCAGCAGCAGCAGAUGGGGGGGAUGCAAGCCAUGACAAUGCAAGGGGGAGCUGUUCAGAGGCCGGGUAUGCCCCCUCAGCAGCCUACUGCUCAGGGUAUGGCAUCCCUGGGACCCCAAGGCCAGCUCAUGAAUGCAGCUAGUAACAACCCUCAGUUUCAGGAGAUGUACCGGAGACAGCUGCUCAGACAACAGCAGCAGCAGCAGCAACAGCAACAACAGCAGCAGCAGGGUGUGAUGCCCCAAGGCCACACCCAGUUCCCCGCUCAAGCCCCUGGCUCCACUGCCACCUACUCCCAGCUCCGCAUGCAGCAGCAGCAGCAGCAACAGCAGAUCACCAUGCAACCCGGGGGAGGGGCACCAGGGGGACCUAUGAGCCAACUGUCACCAAUGAACCAAAUGGGCCAGCCUGGCAUGGCUAUGGACUCCACCCAGAAUCUACUGCACCAACGAAUGCUCCAGCAGCAGCAGCAGCAGCAGCUCCCCCCGCAGCAGCAAGCUGUGCUCAAACAGCAGAUGGGCUCUCCCGCUCAGCCCAGCCCCAUGAGCCCGCAGACUCACCUGUUGGCAGGACAGGCACAGGGCGGCCCUCACCUUCCUGGACAGCCUGCACUUACCAGUGCUAUUGGCAACCAGGUACGGUCCCCUGCCCCAGUCCAGUCCCCCUGUCCACCCUCACAGCCGCCCCAACAGCCACAGCUCCCGCCACAUUCCAGUCCCUCCCCACAGGUGCAGCCCCAGCCCUCUCCACAGCACCCACCUCCGCCUCACACUGGCUCGCCGCACCCCGGCUUAGGGGGCCCUCUGUCUGCAUCUAUGGAGCAGGGACAUUUGGGGACUCCAGAACAGAGCGCCAUGCUACCACAGUUAAACACACCGAACAGAGGAGGAUUGAACAGUGAAUUGGGGAUAGGGGGAGAUGCUACAGGGGACACUCUAGAGAAGUUUGUUGAGGGAUUGUAGCAUCUGUGAUGGGAACAUAUUGAACAGUAUCCCUCCUUUGGACUGACCUCCCGUCCUGUUUUUCUGGAUUCCCAACUUGUUAGAGGGCUUUGUUUGUUCUUUCUAAGACAGAGAACGUUUUUGUACUGACAUGUAUAAAGUUUCCUCUGUAUAAAGACAAUUUGGUCAAAAAAUAAUUAAACACUUCUUGGGGAUAUAAUUGUUUCCUAUACCCUGUUCUUUGGGGUUUUCUUCCUUAAAAUGUUGAGGGAUUUGCAAGUUGCUUCUUAAAUAAAAAUAAAUCAUAAAGAAUAUAUUUUUGGUUGAGACCAAAUGUGUUCAAUAUUCAACUUAGUUUUGGUUUGUUUUUGGUAUGGUUCCAUGCCUUCUUGUUUCUUUUAUUAAAGAAAAUGUACAAUUGCAUUAUUAUAUUCAUAUCUUUUAUUUUGUACCUUUGGAGAAAGACCUUAAAGCAUUUUGUGUUGCAACUGUAAAAUAUUUUUUUUGUCAGGGAGUUGGGCCAGGGUUUUGUUUGUUGUUAUCUAGUGUUGUACCCAUUAGUCCAAAUGAUGCGUUCAGGGACAAACCGCUCCCUUUCUCUUUUGUGUAUGAAGAGCACUCUGGUGUAAUUAUAUAGGAAACGGACUGCUGCAGGUUGUGAAUACACAAGCAUGCACGCAGGUGCACAUGAAGACCCUGACACAAACCCUCAGUCUCUAAAAUUGGUUUCAGAAAACAAGGACUGCCAUCUCAGUGGCCUGUUAUUUGAAAAAAAAAAAAAAAAAAAUCUGUCUUUGCGGGUGUAAAAACGUUUGUCAUACUUUCUUGUCAUACAGAUGUUGUAAAGUGUAAAGAGAGUGUGAGAAAAAGACUAGCCCCCUGAUCUGAGGAGGAAUGAUUGCUGGUUGUCUAUAUGCUACAUCUUAAAUGACCCCCAUCUUCUAAAUUUUACACAUGUAUAGAGAUGAAGGGCACAUUUGAGAUUCAUCACAAGGAAAACUAAAUGUCAACAGUCAUUCCCCUCACACAAAAACUUGAAUUUGGGGAUUACCUUUUUCUCCUAUUGUAAAUCAAGUUAUUAAAAUACUAUAUAAGGAAGAGAGAAUGAAAUCGCUGUACAAACUGGUAAAAGACUCAUUUCUUACUUAUAUACCAUAUUGUUAAAUAAACUGUGUGCAACAGAAGAA